AUGCAAUUCACCUUUUCUGUGCUGUUUCUGGCCUUUGCCAUCUUCGCCUCGGCCGACGACACCGCAGCGCCGGCCUCGACAUCCGGAAUCAACAUCGCGCCGCUGUCGUCUAUACUAAACUCCCUCGUCUCAGGAAUCGCAGCUGCAACUCCAGCCGCCGGCGCUUCCUCGCCGGCAAAAACCGCAAACCUGAGCAACAUCGCUGACCCGCCGCCGAACUUCAUCCCCGUUAUCAUGACUUCGGUGCCCAUGUCAGUUCUCGGUGACCUUCUCGACCCGGCGUCGCGCAGCUCUCUAGCUGCCGAGUUCAAGAAUGGCACCACGCCCACCUGGUACCAAGGCCUGCCCACAAGCAUCCAGAGCUAUAUUUCAGCGGUCAAUAAGCAGAUUAAUGACGGUGCUCUGUCGGCCAAUACUUCUGUUGCUGUAUCGACGUCAACUAGUUCUGGCAUGGCACGCGCGCUGGUCCCGGCACCGACGGGGGCGUUGGCAGUCAACGUGGUUGGCGCUUUGGGUAUCGCCGGACUGGCUUUGGUUUUGUAA